AUGUCGCUCCGGAAAUUGUGUCGAUCCACUUUGCUGGUCGUCAUUGUCGUCACGACCCUAUGGGCUUCAAGCGCUUCUGCCGACCUUGAAGCUGCUGCCGAUAACAACUCGACUGUCAACAAUACUACUCGCUAUUUGAAAGAAGCCGCCAGCGACUACCGUAUUGCAAUGCUGAAUGCUGUAAACAGGGAGCGUGCAGCUCGUGGACUACCAAAGUUUUGCAUGAACAGGAAACUGCAAAAUGCUGCUCAGGUCCAUGCGUCAGACAUGGCUAAGCGGAGCUUCCUCAGUCACACCGGCUCGGACGGAUCAAGCAUGUCGUCUCGAGUCCGAGGUGCGGGUUACCGAUGGGCUUCCAUCGCAGAAAACGUCGCUGCCGGCCAGGCAACAGUGAGCAGCGUUCUCGCGUCGUGGAUGAGGUCUAAGCCACACCGAACCAACAUAUUGAGCACAAAGCACAAAAUGUUUGGCUGCGGUUACGCUGCCACUUCCAGCAGCAAGUACAAGCACUACUGGACGCAAGAUUUUGCGUCGGGCAAUGUCGAAAUUUGCGGUUGA